GGUCAAGGAUAGUGCUCGAGAAGCAUGGCAGACGACGUUUUGGAGGUGGAUAUUUGGGAAGGUGAUUGGGAACUUCCCUCCGUGGAUUCAGACUGUUUGACUGUCUUGGCAUUUUCAAAGUUUUGUGGAGUCCCAUGUAGAGCGGUGAAAAGAAAUAAUCCAGUAUGGACACCAUCAGGCACAUUACCUGUUUUAAGGGCAGAUGGAAAGUCUGUGUCAAAGAUGUCAGAGAUGUUAGAAAUUAUCAAAAAAAGGAGUCCAACUGGAGUGACACCCCAGGUGGGUCCAAAUAAUGCUGAUGUCAAGGCUUUCUCCUCCUUAAUGGAGCAAAAGCUUUUACCUGCAGUACUGCACACUUGGUGGUUAGAUGAUCAGACGUAUGUUGAUGUGACUCGUCCCUGGUAUGCACAUGCCAGUCCAUUUCCACUCAACUUUUACAUCCCUGGCAGACUCCACAGGACUGCAGCCUCAAUUGUAUACAUGGCAGAGAAUGUGGACCCAGAUAACAUAACAAAAGCGGAAAUAGAAGCUAAGAUCUACAAAGAUGCAAAAGAGUGUUUGAAUCAUUUGUCCUAUCGACUUGGUGAACAAGACUUUUUCUUUGGAUCAUUACCCUCUGAGCUGGAUGCGAAGGUGAUUGGGUAUCUAGCACCUCUACUGAAGGCUCCAGUACAAACCAACCGUCUGAUAAACCACCUGAAAGCCUGUACAAACCUAUGUACUUUGUGCAAUAGAGUAUUGAUGAGAUAUUUCCCCUUGAGCCCCGAAGAGAUGGAAUUGAAAAGAAAACGUGAUGAAGAGACGAGACAGAAGAUGCAGAUAGACUCCCUUGAGUUUCCUAAUAAAAAGCGAAACAUACUUUUUGCAGCACUAUUUGCUGCAGUAGCUAUGUUAUCUUAUGCACUGUCUAGUGGAAUAGUUAAAUUUGGGACUGAAAAUGUGAACAACCCUGAUUAUGCAGAUGACGAUUACAAUGAUGAUGAUGAUGAUGAUAAUGGUUAACAAUUAUAAAACUUUAGAAUUUCAAUAGGUUAGAAAUAAUGUGGUUAUUUUACAGUGUAUGUGGAAAAGAUUUACAAAAAUUGUGAUUUUAAAUGUUAUAUCGUAGCUUCUGAAAAAGAGAAGAUUCUGAUAAAGACUUAAUUUGCUGGAUGAGAGUUUAUACAGAUGUAUGAUGUGGACGAAUGAGAGCUUUACAUAUCUUUUAUUAAACUAUAAAAACCAACCAUA